CGGAACCGACAUCGGAGACCGUCCUUCGAUUCACUAUAUGAUGUUAGCGACGAUGAAGCUGAGGAAGUACCGCUUAAGAUUUCGGCUUCCUUGAAGAAGAUUGUCAAUCGUGACCCGCCAAGUAGCUCGGCGAGAAGUAGUCGAAGUCGAUAUCCAUCAAUUACGAUACCCUCACCGUCAAACUGGCCGACCAUCCAGAAAUUAAAGAGCACCUGUGCGCCAAUAUCUCCUGCCCUUCCGACACCACUAAAAUCACCUGCCGCCGGACUUAUGCAGAUGAUAGCGGCGCGAGCUGUUCAAGUACCAAAUGGCAGCGCGACACCUUCCCUGGACGGAAGCUUCACCUCUGAAGAGCUUGAUAAGCUGAGUUGCCCUUCUACUCCAGACUUGCAUAAGCAUAAUACUAGCGAGGCGGACUGGCUUCCACCCACUCAGCUGCACCCACAGGCCUUGCAGACCCUCCAUUCCCUUUCAGGCCCCGGAGAUCAUCUUGAACCCGUGGAAGAUUCAGAAUGGGAAGAGAUGCCGAGUGCGGAGAUGGAACAAGUUGAUCACGUAAGGAAUGUUAGUGGGCUGUUCCCCACGCCUGUUAACAACACUGGUGAGGACCCGCUCUCUGCCUUGUCCAUACCGUCACCGGGAGGGUUUUUCUCUUCACUGGAUUCAAACACGCGGCACACCUGGAGCACUGCCCCAACCGAGGAUGCUGUGCCGUCAACGACUGUUGCCGAGGAAUUCUACGGUGUACCUUGGAGAACAUCUGCGGACGAUAUUGUUUCGCGUGUUCUCGGGGUCCCGUCGUCAAAUGGGUCUGGCCCGCUGACAGCCAAAGCCAUAGCCAUGUCUUCGGAACAAGCUGACGAGCCGCUUGAAGUGAUGGAGAUCCAGCGUAAUGACAGCGUACGCACAGAAUACGACCCAAACUAUCCCGAGGGUCUGCAAAUCAAGGCAGGAGCUAACAUCGAUCGCACUGGAACAUGGCUCAACGCGCAGGUCUCCUACUUGGCUGCGCUUAUCCAACCCGAUCCGGCUCCUAGUCCCAUUGAAGGCCGCAGCGAUAGGUCACGCAAUCGAUCUAAUUCCGCAGAGCACUCGGUUUGCUCGCCGUCCAAGAAAUCUGUGCGAUUUAUUGAUGAAGCCUUGCCAAUUUCCGCAUCAUCAACAGAGGAGAAGGAGACCAAGGAGACGGUAUUUGUCGAGGCUUUCGCUCAUUUAUGGGACUCGACCCAGAAGAGAGAUGUGUACAUUCAACGCCAAAUCAGAGCUGAUGCUCUUCAUACUAUGCGACGACACAUGGCACAUGUUCAUCGUAAACAACUGCUGGGUCUUUACGAGAUUAGUACCGUCGCCCGCCCCGUGCCUCCACGACCGGUGUCAUCUUUUUACAGCGACGAUUCAACUGUUCUCAAGGAACGAAUCGCUCGAGCUCAAAAGGAGAAACAAGCUCUGGAUCAAGUGCGCCCGGCAGUCUGGGUACUCGAGGCAAUAAAGUUCUUGAACGGUGGUAAAUUGAUCACCCCGGUUGCAUCAAGAGCUCUUUCGCGCGCAACAUCGCCUCGCAUCCUCGAUGUUGGCGGAAAGACAGUCUGCGACUGGGCAUGGCAAGUAUGCUUUGAUCACCCACAUGCCACUGUUUACACUGCGACAACAGAAGCUCAGAUGGACGUGGAAGGGCCCGAAAACCACAAACACACUGUUGUUCCUAACUACUGGACCUUUCCGUUCCCAUCAAAUCAUUUUGAUGUCAUCUCGGCCCGCAGCUUGUACGCAUUGCUCAAGACCGAUAAGCCCACGGGCAAGAAGACCGAUGAGCUGGAUCUGUGUUUGAAGGAAUGUAUGCGAUGCCUGCGGCCUGGAGGAUACCUAGAGUUCACAGCGCUGGACUCCGACAUCAUGCACGGUGGUCCGCUAGCCUUGGCUAUGUCUGUCGAAUUUGGGUACAAUCUUAAAACACGCGGCUACGACCCCCUGCCAACAAGGACAUUUGUCCCACGCUUGAAUCUUGCUGGAUUCAAGGAUAUCAAGCGCUCAUGGACGUUCCUACCCAUGGGAAUACCUGCGGCUAACUGGACCGAGAAAGUCAACGCGGGUCCAAGUCUCGACAGAACGAUCACAACCGACGGGGUCGUCGUGGAGGCAGAUCUGAUGGGGUGUACGGCAGACGUCGCCGCUAUAACGGGUCUUGUCGGCUCGUGGAUGUGGGAACGCUGGCUGAUCAAGAUGCAAACAGAGAUGGGGAAAGCGGAGGAGAAGCAACUAGAGGGCGUGGCGGCAGUGAUGGAGGAAGGGCCCAAGCAUGGGGCUGGAUGGAGACUUUUGAGUGGAUGGGCACGGAAG